GGAACAAGGAAGUGCUCUAAGAUAGGGUUAGGGUGAGGAUUAAAGCGCGGAUACCGAAAAUUUGAAUGCGUGUCACCCAGCACGAACUCCUGUGCCUGUUUCUUCACGCAAUCGAUUCUAUCGGCACUUUGCUUCUUAUCCUGGUUAUCUGAGUCUUUACAAGUUAGAUAUAAUGGCCUCUGAACAAGUUGAAGAGGUGACCAAGAAGGUCGCCGACGUCGCGAUCGAGGCACCUGCGGCAGCACCCGCAAAGGCUCCGAAGGCCCCAAAGGCCCCAAAAGCCAAGAAGGCGAAGAAGGAGGCCGCUGAGGGAUCUUCUCCUCUUGAGCUUUCGCCGCCUCCAGAGUUCAUCCCGCACCGAAUCAAGCUCUUUGAGGAGCUGAAGAAAGAGUACGACGCAGAGAUCGCAAGCAAACCUCGCGUUGAUAUUACUAUUACCCUGAAAGAUGGUUCGACCAAGCAAGGCACUGCCUGGGAGACUACGCCCAUGAAGAUUGCGCGCGACAUCAGCAAGUCUCUUGCCGACCGCACAAUUAUCUCGAAGGUGAACAACAUUCUCUGGGAUCUGGAGCGUCCUCUCGAGGAGGAUUCUACGCUCGAGUUCUUCGACUUUGAGUCGGCUGAAGGAAAGCGUGUCUUUUGGCACUCGAGCGCCCAUAUCUUGGGUGAAGCCUCCGAGAGACAUUACGGCUGCCAUCUCUGCAUCGGACCUCCUACUGAUGACGGUUUCUUCUACGAGAUGUCGAUUGACGACCGCGCGGUCUCGCAGGGCGACUUUGGCGCUCUGGAGACGAUUGCGAAGAGUGCGAUCAAGGAGCGUCAGCCGUUCGAGCGUUUGGUUGUUAGCAAGGAGAACUUGCUGAAGAUGUUCAACCACAACAAGUACAAGCAGACGAUUAUUCAGUCGAAGAUUCCCGACGGAACUUCCACCACUGUCUACCGCUGUGGUCCCUUGAUUGACUUGUGCGUCGGUCCCCAUGUGCCAAACACUGGACGGGUCAAGGCUUUCAAGGUUCUCAAGAACUCUUCGUCGUAUUUCCUUGGAAACGCCGAGAAUGACUCUCUGCAGCGAAUCUACGGAGUCAGUUUCCCUGACCCGAAGCAGAUGACUGAGUACCUAAAGUUCUUGGAAGAGGCGGCUAAGCGAGAUCACCGCAAGAUUGGUCGCGACCAGGAUCUGUUCUUCUUCCACGAGUUGUCGCCGGGAAGUUGCUUCUGGCUGCCUCAUGGUACGCGUAUCUACAACAACCUGUUGGAGUUGAUGCGAUCCGAGUAUCGCAAGCGUGGAUACGAAGAAGUCAUCACGCCCAACAUGUUCAACUCCAAGCUGUGGGAGACUUCGGGUCACUGGCAGCACUACAAGGACGAUAUGUUUUCGAUUGCGGUCGAGAAGGAGACGUUUGCUCUUAAGCCGAUGAACUGCCCUAGUCAUUGCUUGAUUUUCAAAUCGCGUGAGCGCUCGUACCGCGAGUUGCCGUGGAGAGUUGCCGAUUUCGGAGUUCUACACCGUAACGAGGCGUCUGGUGCGCUCACGGGACUUACCCGAGUGCGUCGAUUCCAGCAGGACGACACGCAUAUCUUUUGUACGCAGAACCAGAUCGAGGACGAGAUUACUGGUGUGUUUGACUUCUUGAAGCAAAUCUACGGUAUCUUUGGCUUCACUUUCAAGCUCGAGCUCUCGACUCGGCCGGAGAAGUACCUCGGAAAGCUCGAGACAUGGGAUGAUGCGGAGAAGAAGCUGAGCAACGCGCUUGACAAGUUUGGCGAGCCCUGGGAGCUCAACCCGGGUGAUGGUGCGUUCUACGGACCGAAGAUCGAUAUCACGAUCUCUGACGCGCUUCGUCGUCAAUACCAGUGCGCUACGAUUCAGCUCGACUACCAGCUCCCGGAGCGGUUUGAGCUGGAGUACCAUGUUGCCACGUCGGAGGAGAAGGAGACUAAGGACGGCGAGAAGGCGCAGUACGCGCGGCCGGUGAUGAUCCACCGUGCUAUUUUGGGCAGUGUGGAGCGUAUGACUGCGAUAUUGACAGAGCACUUUGGCGGCAAGUGGCCGUUCUGGCUGUCUCCCAGACAGGUGUUGGUGAUCCCGGUCGGAGUGCGCUACAACGACUACGCGGAGGAGGUGCGGAAGGUGCUGUUUGACGCGGGCUUGUAUGCGGACACUGAUGUGAGCGGAAACACGCUGAUGAAGAAGGUUCGCAACGGCCAGCUGCAGCAGUACAACUUCAUCCUGAUUGUGGGCGAGCAGGAGCAGACGGCGCGGGCGGUGAACGUGCGCAACCGCGACGACCAGUCGACGCAGGCGAAGGGCGACAUGAUUGAGCUGGACGAUGUGGUGAAGCGGUUUGUUGCGCUGAAGGAGAGUCGCCAGCUGGAGAACCGCAUCUGAGCGGUUUGCCUUUUCAAUCAACCAUCUGUCGAAGUAGGCGGAUAGUAAAGUAAUAAUAGGUAACAGUGACGUAAUAUUACAAAUCCAUUACAU